AUGGGAAAUCACAAAUUUAGAUUAUCAGAUAUACUACCAAAUGCUUGGUUCUACAAGAUAAGAGACAUGGGCAAAUCCAAACCCCAUAAAACCUCAGCCUCCAAGAAGAAAAACCCUUGUUCUAGUAUGCAAAAAACACAAUUUUCACAACCAAGAUCAUCCUUUUAUUAUGCUACAGAGUCUAUUAGAGUUGACAAUUCUGCUGCAAAUCUCAAAACUUUGAACUCUGAUCAACCAAGAAGAUCAUCUAAGAGAAGAAGCAAAAGAAUGACCAUUUACAAGCCCUCUCCUAAGAAUAUUAUUGACUCUGUUAAUAAUUCAGAUAGCUUCCCGGAAUUUGACUUGCUUAAAUCUCCAUCUUCCGAAUUCGACUCUGCUUCUCAAUCUUUCAACGGUCUUGCCUCCUGGUCAAGUUCUUACUUCAGUUCUUCAACUACUGAUAUAAUCAUAGAUAUGAAUGAAAUAAUUUCAGAAUUGACCUUCCUCCAAUUCUCACAAAGCCAGCAAAAUCCCAUAAUAGCAAGCAACAAAGUCAAGAAAGCAUUAACACUAAAAGAGAAAAUUCUGCUCCCAGAAAAUCGUCUACUGGAGUGA